AUGCAUCGAUGGAUCCGCUUCUUAGGUGCGGAAGAGACAGGCGUUGAACGUAUCCCGGAGCACAUGCGAACGGACCAGAACCCGUGGGAUCUAUUUACGGCGUUUUUCAGUGCCAAUUGUUGUACGGCUACAAUGGCUCUGGGGUAUCUUGGGCCCGCUUCGUAUGGCUUAGGAUGGUGGGACUCUUUCCUUUGCGUAAUCUUCUUCAACGGAUUCGGAGCCAUUCUUCCAGCUCUUGUAUCGCGGUUUGGUCCGAAACUCGGUUUUCGCACCAUGAUCAUCCCAAGGUAUUCUUUCGGAUGGUAUCCCGCCAAGGUACUCGCGUUGUUGAAUAUCCUCAAUCAGAUAGGAUGGGGAAUGGUAAAUGCCAUUAGCGGUGCUUCAAUUCUUUACGACGUAGGAGGAGGGGAUUUGCCUUUAACAGUCGCUGUACUAUUAAUCAGUCUUGUAGCCAUCGCCGUGGCCCUGCUCGGAUACAAAUACGUCCACAUGUAUGAACGAUACUCUUGGUUGGUCAUGCUCGUUUGUUUUGCAAUCGUUGCUGGUUUUGGUGCGCCACAUUUCAUCAACGUUCCUAUGGGCUCCGGAAAAGCAGAGGCGUCGGCAGUACUCUCCUUUGGCACAGCCAUUAUUGGAUUUGAAGUUGCAUGGACUCCUGUAGCGGCUGACUACGGUGUUUUCAUCAAGGAAUCGACAAGUGAAUGGGGAGCGGUUGCGUAUACAUUCUUCGGGCUUUUCAUCAGCCAGGUCCUGGUCGAGCUAGUGGGAGUUGCCGUCGGUACAUUGGUCUUCAACGCAGAUCCGAUUUUCACAAACGCAUAUGACCGGGCGGGGAUCGGUGGGCUGAUUGGGGCGAUCUUUGACGGGCAUGGAAGUGCAAUUCGGGGAUUUGGGAAGUUCGUCGAACUGAUCCUCUCUUUCUCGACAGUUGCUGUUAUCAUUUUCAACAUAUACUCUCUGGGUCUUAGCGCACAGAUGGUCUCAACAAAGACACUCAAAGUUCCACGCUUUUUCUGGUCCCUGCUAGGAGGCGCAGUCUUUUUAGCUGCUGCGAUAGCAGGUAGGGAUGACUUGGAAGAAGUCAUGGCAAAUUUCCUCAACAUGUGUGCAUACUGGCUUACUCCAUUCACCAUAAUAGUUCUGCUCGAAGAUUGGAUUUGGCGAGGAGGAUUCAAAUACGAUGUGGACGCCUGGAACGAUAAAGCGAGGCUUCCAUUCGGGUAUGCAGCUUCGAUCAGCUUCAUCAUUGGAACAAUUGUAUCCAUUUUGUGUAUGAGCCAAGUAUGGUGGGUUGGUCCUAUUGCGAAUGGCAUCGGUGGUUCAUCUACCGGGACGGAUGUUAGUUGGAUUUUGGCACUAGGUGUGUGCACAGUCAGUUUUGUCCCUUUGAGAUAUUUGGAAAGGAAGAGGUGG